CACUACAAUCCAUUACAAUCCAUCCAGCUAUGGCGGCGCCCAAGCAACUCUGAAAUUACGUGUGAGGUUCUCUGUUAUGCUUUAUUAUAGCUAGUGGGGAUUAACAGAACGUGAUGAAGCGGCACCGGCCUUACAAAGGCGAUUAUGAAAAAGAGUACCCCUCCGUGCGUGGUGUAUCACAGCCACAGAACGACUUCAAGCAAGAUGAGACAUCGUGCGAUCUGCCUGGCUUUUACUACGACAAGGAAAAGAGGCGAUACUUCCGGAUAGUGCCGGGACAAAACAACAACAAUCCUAUCACAAAUACAUCUAUAAAGCGUAAAGAAGCUGCUGAGGCCGGUAUUCAACUCUCAGAAACGAGCAGGAAACGAUCUUUCAGUGCCAUCCCAAAGUCCUUGGCGUCAUUGCAGUUGGGUAGUCUUCAGAACGUGGGAUUCACUUCAAAUUUAAGGUCUCUGAAGAUGGCAUCCUUAACCUUGUCGGCAGAGACAGAUUUUACGACCGUUUCACGUGAUGUCGUCGCAUCAUUGGGAAGUUCUGAUGGUAUCGAAGAGAGUACUUAUCUUGUUGGAUACCCACGGAAAAGCAUUGCAGUAGGAUCAUGGGCUACGAGAGCGCAACGCGGACAGCGAGGGUGCAUGAUUCGUGCCGUAUCAGUCGGUGAGGAUUGCAUCGAACCUGAAGCUGUAGUGAAUGUUCAUCCAAAGCACAGAGUUGUUGAUUUGUGCAUAACUGAAGAGGACAACCAAGUCUUAGUCACAUAUGUUUGUGUAAAUACAGGGGACUUCACUGGUACGCCAUACACAAUAGUGUCAACUAGUGCACUUGCACCUCAUCCACAUCAAGAGUUGAAUGCCAGAGAGACUAGAGAGCUUGACUUGGACGCAGCUUGGUGUUGUGCACGUGAUUUUUAUAAUCACAGGACAGCAGUUGGACUGGAGAGGAAAAUAGAAGUAUUUCAGAAGGAAUCAUCUCAGUCUACAGUGCUUCAAACAGGAAAGGAAAAUCCUUUUAGUCUCAGAUUCAAUGAGGCAGGUAACCUGCUGUAUGGAGGAUCAAACAAAGGUAGCUUGUUCUGUUUUGACCUACGGGGGCCUCCCUCCUCCAACAGAGUGACCUCUCUUCACAUGGGCCGAGGCAUUUCUUACCUCAGUCUGUUACGUUCAGAAGAAGCUGUGCUCGGAAGUGGUUACGACGGAAAACUUUUCAUGGUGGACCUAAAACAGAGAAGCAUGUUACACCAGUACGAAGGACAUAGCAAUGAUGGGAUGAAAAUUCCACUCAGCUUCGAUACAGUUAAUGACAUGCUGUGCUCAACGGGGCAGGACAGAGUCACACGUUUUUGGCAACUGAAUGUUGGGGAGGGAUCCCACAACCCCAUUGCAGCUGUCCUAGCUCCUGAACAAGGGCAGCAGCCAUGGUCAUGGUACUCUUCGUCCUGGUCGCGGACGCUGGGGAGGUCUGCCCUAUGUCUUACUUCAGGAAUAAAGGGCUACAUGUAUGUGUGAGGAUGUCUGGAACAACGUGUCUUAAAGAUUACAAGGCGAUUUUUUUCGCGUGACACACUUAAAGGGACGGUCACAUCUGGAAACCCAUCUAUGAAAACGACACCACUACGUCCGGCAUCGGCCAACAAUCUACCCAGCUAAUUUUUUUGUCCCAAAAGUGCCUAGAUAUUAAAUAAACGAAUUUUGAAGAUCAGCGCUGUUUCCGCAGCCGCAGAUGCUCUGGCGGCGUGAUGUUACUCCCUAAGCGAAGAGUGCGGCGCUCAGGGGAGGAAAGGCAUCGUCCAGACAUCUCGUGACUUUAGAAGACUGCCGUAGCAUUCCUUUUCUCAAGGUUGCACCUUCAGUGGUUCUUAGGGAGUGACGUUUUCUCAAGGUCGCGCUUUUUUUGGUUCUUAGGGAGUGACGUCCUCUCAAGGUCGCUCCCUCAUUGGUUCUUAGGGAGUGACAUUUCCUCAAGGUCGCACCUUCAUUGGUCCUUAGGGAGUGACGUGUUCUCAAGAUUGCGCCCUCAUUGGUCCUUAGGGAGUGACGUGUUCUCAAGGUCGCGCCCUCAUUGGUUCGUUCGGAGUGACGUUUUCUCAAGGUCGCUCCCUCAUUGGUUGUGAGGGGGUGACGUCUUCUCAAGGUCGUGCCUUCAUUGGAUCUUAGGGAGUGACGACUUCUCAAGGUCGCAGCUUCAUUGGUUCUUAGGGAGUGAUGUUUUCUCGUUUUUCCAGCGAGAUGAUUCCAGAGUACUGUCAACAUCCGGCACCUGCUCAUCACGUGUUCCAUCGAAUAAUAGUCAAACUGCGUCAUUAUUUCGUGUGGGAUUUUUAGUGUCGUGGUCAGUGGUCCCGGAGGAAUAAAAUGACACUGUACUAGUUUCCGAAGCGACUGGAACAGAUGCGACUGUCCCUUUAUGACAACAAGGUCUGUACUUGUACCAUAUUUAGCACCAUGUCUUUCAUUCUCUGCCGAGCCUUUAUAUACGCACACUUCCAUACACAACUGAAUGCUAACUAACAAUCUUCCCAAGCUGAAUCACCUGGAUAUCUGACCUUUCUAAUAAACACAAAGAUGCCUUCGUCAGGCUGCGGAAAACACUUCGGAAUGUGAAAGAGGCGCAUGAGUUCAAUUGUGCAUUAUCGAAAAAUGACUGGGGAACAUGGGAUGAACAAUGCACGUUCGUUGCAUGAGGAUAUCAGUGACAUUUUUUGUUGUUGUUGUUUUUAGUGUGGAAGUGCUGUCACCAUUACUCGUCUUAAUAUUGUACAGCUUGGGACAAAAGUUUACGGAACACAGCACUGGCGUGUUUCGUCAUUCGAGCGACACCCUGCUAGCUGUUGGGAAUCUCACAUGUGUGUCCACUCCUGUUUGCUGCUAGGGUGUCGCUCCAUUGGAGAAGUGCUACACCCCGGUGUUCCAUAAACUUUUGUUUCAAGCUGUACCAAUGGAAACUAGUGAACAUAUUUACGAAAUUCUGUAAAAAACCGCUGCAACCCCUCAAAUUACUUAUCUUGCAUUGGUGCAGUUGUUACCUAUCAUAUAGUGCUGUGACGUUCAACAAAUUACUGAUGAACGGGUUUGUGCAAGCAACAGAGCAUAAGCCCAGACCAAGUGCUUAAUUAAAUGCACACGUCUAUAAUAUACUCGAUUUUUGAAAGUUCACAAAGUAAAUCCCUUCUUUGGGCAAUCCACUGCAAAAAGCUUGUCUUUGGUUUGGAAUACAUUCCAAGUAAGUGCUCCUGCAUUGCUAAGGGUUAUGACUAUAUCAUGAGUGUUCUGCCAGUCCACUGAGACUUGCACACCUUUCUAAUUUCUAAAGAAACCUUUACAAAAGCGCCACAGGCUGGAUGUUUCUCGAGCAUGGAAGUCUAAAACAAACAUUAUUAAAAAUUUUACUAGCCCACAUUUACUCAUUCUACAAAGGCAGUGAAUAUUUUAGUAACCAAAUUUCGAAUGACUAUGACUAUGCAAAUGACUAUGCAAAUAGUUGGUGCUUGAGGUGCUCAACUUGUAGCUAUAGUUUAUGCUGCUCCCCGUCAGCACUGCAUGACCACGUUUGGCACCCAGCCAGAGGCACUUACCUUAAUUUGUCUUACAACAAUAUCUCUCCUCAUUAGAAAAAAAAAAGUGUGCAGAAGACAUCCGAUUAUACACAAUCAGUAUUGACCGAUGUAUUUCUAUUUAGGACACAAUACUUUGGGUGCAAUAAAAUUUUAUUUUGUACUGUGAA